AUGUUGUUGUUGGUGGUGGGUGAGGGAGGGAAGGAGAGAGCCCCACACUGUAAAUAUGGAGGCGGCCAAACGCUAGGAGAAGAGGACAGGGCGCAGCGACGCUUUGACAGCCGCAGAGAAAGCGACCUCCGCACGGGUGAAGCUUUCGGGGGGAAGAGCCUGACACCCACACGUAACUACGAGAAGGAGUGUGACUCACCUGUCUCUGCACCUCCGCUGGCCAUCAUGGAGGACCCUCUCUAA